CAAGCAUAUAUCUUGUAUAUCAUGGCACGAGAGGAUCCUCUUUCUAUUGGUGGUGUGAUAGGGGAUGUUCUGAACCCUUUUACAAGCUCAGUUUCUCUCACAAUUUCCAUCAACAACAGAGCGAUUAGCAAUGGCUAUGAACUGAGGCCCUCUCACGUUGUUAACCGCCCUAGAGUUACUGUAGGUGGUGAAGACCUAAGGACCUUCUACACUCUGGUUCUGGUAGAUGCAGAUGCACCUAGCCCUAGUAACCCCGUCUUGAGGGAAUACCUCCACUGGAUGGUGACAGAUAUUCCAGCAACAACAAAUGCAAGCUUUGGUAGGGAGGUUGUGGUUUAUGAGAGUCCACAACCUUCAGCAGGGAUUCAUCGACUUGUGUUUGUGUUGUUCCAGCAAUUGGGCAGAGACACUGUCAUCAGCCCAGAACUUCGUCAUAAUUUCAAUUCCAGAAACUUUGCUGAAAAUAAUAACCUCACACCUGUUGCAGCAGCUUAUGUCAACUGCCAAAGAGAGCGUGGGUGCGGUGGAAGGAGGUACUGACUUCAGUAAGGAAUUUCGAGAACGUGUUAAGUAAUUAAUAUGAUAUAUAAUGUCAAAUAAAGAAAAAUAAUAGGUGUUUAGAGCAAUAGUUAGCACACCACUAUCAGUUAAUGAGAGAAAAAUAACAAGUUAGAACUAAAUAAAUAAAAUCUCUCUUUUUAAAGAAUUACAGAAGGUUAUCUUCAACACUAGAGUCUAUCAUUCAGAUACUUCAACAGAUUAUGGCUGCAACUCAAGAAAAAAGAAGAAAAAAAGUGUAUGCA